CAGUCUACUAUCUUUUUUCCAUCAACGCGAUGACACCCUUAUUUUGAACACCAUGAAAUCAGGAGAGAAAGUCCAAUACUAGGCAAUCUGAGCCCUUCAGACUGGUUCUCUUCGUUUUCGCAUGUUGCAGUGUAAAAGAGCCAGUUCUAGAACUGGUUAGCCCUUAUGUCUUGGCAUGACUCAAGUGAACUUCUAACAUACCUUUCUUGCAACACAUCAACUGGUACAUAGGAUACUCGGCGAUGAAGAAUGGGGCUUCUAGAUCUUCCACCGGAGGUCAUCCUAUUCAUUUACCAAGGCCUGGACUCGACAAGAGAUGCUUGUUACUUCGCACAAUCAUGCAACUCCGCCUACAUUGUCUUUUGUGAUCCGCAUAACCGAGAACAAUAUCAUUAGGGCUGCAGCUCCAAACCGAAUCUGGCUGGAAGCUUGCUUUGGAGUAAACACACUAUGGAAGCCCACAGAAUCCGAUCUUGAAGGCCUGGACCACGCUCGUACUCGGGAGUUUCUUUUGAAUGUUGGCUUCCCUGCCUUCGAGCUAUACGGCAUACCUUUCGAGUCUCUACACUUAACACAAGACCCCGAGAGUAGUAUGAAACACUAUAUUCUUACGGACAAGAACGAACUUGAAAUGCAUCCAACCCCCUCUUGUCCGCUAGCCCAGUGCAGUGAUAUAUAUUUUCAUGUUGGAAAUGUCAAUGACUGCAUGGUAAUGGUGGACGCAGUGGACGGUGAUGUAUGGCUUUACGAACCACAUUACGUCCGGUACGCUGGCGCCGGCUUUUAUAUCUAUGACUGCCCUUGGCAAAAUACAGUUGCUUGGUCGUUGGAUAGCUUUGCAAUGCUGCUUGGCAUGGUGGUAGCUGUGGUUCAGGAUCUGAGAUCAGCUCCUUGGAGGUCAUCUUCGUGGGGUUUGCAGGCACGUAGGUAUAUGCUUGACAAGUUGAGAAAACAAAUGAAUGAGUGUGACUAUGUGGUCGCAGAAGAUAUUUCAGGGUUUUGGCAUGGUUUGUUUAAGAAUUUGAGAGGGGAGUGACCUAGUUCCGAUGUUUGUUCGUUCAUAGGGGGUUUGGUUGGACUUCUUUCGGAUUGGGGGUUGAGCAUGCAUUGCCCUCGAGUGAGAGAAAGGGGGUUUCUGCCCAAGUCGUAAGGAAAGCCUUGAUUAUUUUGCCCUUACUUCUUCUCCUUCUCCUCUUUUUCUAAGAUUGAAGAUUCUGUAUGGAAUUUACUCUGUCUUUAUUCGCAACAAUUUUCGACUGCUGAGCUUGGAGUUGUGACCGCUAUUUGCUUUAAUAACAAAAAGUAUUUUGCUCUGAAAUCUUGAGCAAGUUUUGUUUGAUCACUGCGAAGUUAUUAAUAAUAGUGAUAUAUAUCGCACUGGAAAG